CAUAGUAAGUUCCAGGAUAGCGGAGAAAGGUGUGAGAAUUUCUACCAGUCCCAUCAUGAAGAUGUAGGACUGCCCAAGCUAUGUGCGGAGAUGUAUAUACUUCAUUCAUCAUCAUGCUGGUGAUAUAACAUGGACGUGUGAUGCACAUGUACAUAAUUAUAUCAUGACAGGAGUUAGAGCAGGUCGAUAUGGGCAAUUACAAGUCUAGAACUACAAUAUCCUGCUCUGAGGAGCUGAAAAAGAAGAUCAGUGAGAGUUACUCUGUUCUACGGUCAAGAGUCAUAGAGGACCUCAGGUUACAUCAAGCCGACUGGAGCGAACAACAGCAGGCAUGCAGCCAGAAUGAUAUUUGUAAGGUUGAGCAGUUGGUGACAGAGGAAAAUGUUCAAGAGAGAUCAGAGACAGGUCUAACUUUGCUACACCUGAGUUGCAUCACUGGUGGAUCGAAACAGCUUAUUUCCUUCCUAGUUAGCAAAAAUCUGAAUCCCUCCAUUUUAAGCAAGAAUGGAUUGACUCCACUGCAUCUGGCUUGCUACAAGGGAGAUGUUGACUUGAUUGAUGCUCUCCUUGCUUGUCAUACGGACAUGAGAAAAGCUGGGUUUGGUGGCGUCUUCCCCUUGCAUGUUGCAGCUAUGUGUGGCCACGAAGAAGUGGUAAGAAAACUAGUGCAGAACACUGCUCUUGUGAAUGACCAGGAUAGUGUAAAAUUUUCACCACUUCAUCUCGCCUGCUACUAUGGCCACGAAAAGGUUGUAGAGCUGUUGAUUGCUAGCGGAGCGGACGUGAACAUAGCGAGUGAAGUUGGCGACCGAUCUCUACAUCUGGUGGCAGCUAAAGGCUCUCUCAGCAUCAUCAAGCUGCUUGUAGAGGCAUGCGCUGAUGUGAAUGCUAAGGAUGUAGAGGAGCACACUCCUAUGCAUUUUGCUUGCAAGACGGGCCACACUGCGAUCGUCUCUUACCUUCUGCAACCAGAACACCUGACAAAGCCACAUGAGGCAAACAUUUAUGGUGACACACCAAUGCAUUUAGCUUGCUAUAGUGGAAGGUAUGGUCUAGUGAAGCAAUUCAUAAAGACUGUUGGACUGGGCAGUGUACCCAUGGAAAACAUCUUCAGUGAGACGGCCCUGCAUGCAGCUUGUACUAAUGGCAAGAGUUUGGACCUAAUCCAGUUUCUACUGGAUCAAAAAGUUAGCAUUAACUGUCAAGGAAAAGAUGGUCAUACUGCAUUGCACAGUGCCUGUUUUCACGGUCAUAUCAAGGUCGUGCAGUAUCUGCUUGACCAUGGAGCAGACAUGAACCUGACUGCAUACUCCAGUGACCAGAGCAAUGGCAGUGAGAAAAAGGAGGAGCAGACCUGCCUGAUGUGGGCAUAUGAGAGAGGUCAUGAUGCCAUUGUGACUCUUCUAAAGCACCAUAAGAGACCCCACGAUCAGUCAGCCUGUGGGGAUUACUCCCAGCCUGGAGGGGAGGGCUCAUAUGUGUCAGUGCCAUCACCCCUGGGCAAACUGCGUAGCAUGACUAGGGAGAAGAUAGACGUCCUGCGCCUGAGGUCGACGCUGCACAGCCAGUUUCGCAUGGUGCUUACUGACAUCGAGUGUCUGGAGACGAUCGGCAGCGGUUCGUUCGGCAACGUCUACAAGGGCAUGCACCGCGGAAAGUUCGUUGCUGUCAAGAGGUAUCGUGCAAAUAUACUAUGUGCCAAAUCGGAUGUAGACAUGUUUUGCAGAGAAGUGUCCAUCAUCUGCCAACUCAAUCAUCCAUGUGUUAUCAAAUUUAUUGGAGCCUGCCUAGACGACCCAAGUCAAUUCGCCAUCAUCACUCAUUACGUGUCUGGUGGCUCCCUCUACAACGUGCUGCACCUGCAGAAGCGGCUCAUCAAUAUUCGCUCAAAGCUGGACAUUGCCCUUGAUGUUGCUAUGGGGAUGGACUACCUACAUCACAUGGCGCAGCCCAUCAUACACCGUGACCUGAACAGCAAUAAUGUCUUGCUGGAGGAGAAUGGUCAUGCUGUCGUUGCUGACUUUGGAGAGUCAAGGUUCUUGACACAAACAGGUGAAGAUAAUAUGACCAAGCAACCAGGGAAUCUGAGGUGGAUGGCACCAGAGGUGUUCACACAAUGUACGAUAUACAGCAUUAAGGCAGACAUGUUCAGUUUUGCACUGUGCUUGUGGGAGCUGCUGUCUGGAGAACUACCGUUUGCUCAUCUUAAACCCGCCGCGGCUGCAGCUGACAUGGCGUACAGGAAUAGCAGGCCGCCAUUGGCGAUCACCUAUCCCAGGCUCAUCGUGAAUCUUCUGAAGCGAGCCUGGCAUGCCAACCCAGAUUGUAGGCCAGACUUCAGCGAGGUGGUCUCCAUUCUCACUGAGGCAAGGGAGUCGCAGGCUGUGGCCCUGCUGUCUAACAGCAUCGCGAGCGUGUUCACGCUGCAGGGCGAGGCGACGGCAGUAGCAGUGACAGAUGUGUGCGGCGCGUACCCGGGUGUCGUGCCGCCGAUGACCGGCCACGUGAAUGCGCUGCGCUCACGCUGGGAGCAGGAGGCGAGCAAGACUGUCGCGAAGGACGAGCUGAGGAGACAGAUGCCACUCGACAAGAACGGUUAUGUGAUGGACCCACUGAGCACCACACUGAGGAUGCCUGUCCCUGUUCAACCCAGCCCUAGUUACUCCAUCACUAACAGCAUAUUCACUCAGAUUCAUCGUGAGUGGGAAGCCAUGAAAGGUCCAGCCUUCCAGGCUUGCUGGGAUGCCAUAGAGGACGGCAGGGGCCCGGAGACGGUCGUCGCCCUGAGGGUUACUCCUCAAUUCAACGACCCCAAGACUUUCACGCCGCAGAACACUCCUGAAAAAUUGAGUGAAUGGAGAAAUCAGAUGGAUGCGAUCCUUGGAGUCGACGAGGCAGGAGUGAAGGCCUGUGACCAACCCACGGUUGAGGCGAAGGCACUUCACAGUGGCGGCAAUGGACGUGGCAGUGGUGCACACGAGCCCGAUGACACCGACGAUGUGGAAGUGGCCACUGGCAGUAAGGACCCACCGUCACAAUCCGAGAAGAAGCCGUGGUGUGUGGCGAUGGUCGCCGAGGCAACGGAUGCCGGACAUCCCCCGCACCAUGGCAAGGCGAACCACGACGCGGCCGAGAGUCGACAGGAUGGCUUUGCCCCAAAGCAGCACGUCACCAUGACGACGGUGAUGAUCGUUGAUGAUGGUUAUUCCGAGCAGUCGCAGGAGCGACAUGCUAACGGAGGAUCAGAAAUACUCAUCAGGCGAGUGAACACAGUGAAACUUCUCAAUGAAAGCAAUCGGAAAGAUCAGGCAAUUGGCAACACGGCAGUGGGAAGAUCGGAUGGAGAGAUGCUGAUGGAUGCUGAGUGCAUGUUGGAGCCGAGUGCGGAGGGCUUCUGUGAGGACUACAUACAGCGUGGGGACGCCUGUGUGCACGGCGCACUGCUGGAGACGAGUAACGUGUCCAAGAUGAAGAGCAUGCUGAAACUCACGUAGAGAUGUCCCAGAUAUCAUGAGAGGGGGAUAUAUUUCUCCGUAGGUUCUUAAGAUUCAACCUUUGAUGUAGCCACAGGGACGUUUGGGGUCAGGCUACGAAGAGAUUGAACUCUGCUGCUAUCUCGGAGCGAUCUAAUGCUGUAAUCGUUUGCUCGUUAGUGCCAAAAUUUACAUAGUGAUCGUGUAUAAUAUAAGUACUUGCGUAUAUGAACCCGUGAACCAGUUGGUGAAUAGUGUUAUGUGAUUAUGCAUAGCAUCUGCUGCCUUUCUAGUCAUUUAGAGAAAACAAUGAAACUGUUGUUAAUGCAUGCGUUAGUUGGUUUGGAACAACACUCCUUUAUAGCAGUAUUAGUACGAUUUCAGUUCAGGUAGAAGAUUUUACAGCGUAUUUAUCCGUUUAUUUAUGGAGCGUAAUAUUCGUAAUGCCGUUUGUUUGUAGAUCUGUACUGACCUCUUGUAGUGUACUCUGACUGUGGUACUGCUUCUUAUGGUGCAUGCAAUUUUAGUUAUUAUAUAUAAAAAUAACAAAUCGAUGGAAAAUGAGGCGUUUACCUCACUAACACGUGAGUGUAACGAUAAAUUGUAAGAUAGAGGUUUGAGUUCGUGACAACAAAGACCGUACACAGUCUUCUAUAUUGUACACAGACUUUAUAUUGUAUGUGGUCUUUGGUAACAAUGGUUACGAUCGGUGAUCACGUGAAGCCCCUAAUGUGAUGCAGUAUUAAAAAUGAGCUUGGUCGAUUUUACACGUUUUAUAUCUCUAUAGAUGCCCUUCACUUGUUAGGGCCUGACCAUAGUCUGAAAGUACUAUAAGUAAGUGGAUUGAAAGUAAUCUGUCUGCAGCUAAGCAUGCCUGGUUGCUGGCAUUGAACUAGAAUCCGUCGUCUCAUUGUACCAUGUGUGAAUUAUAUGUCAGUUUUUAGCUCAGCUUGACAUCGUCAAGUUGAGCUAUUGCCAUGGGUCGUCGUACGUCCGUCCGUCCGU